AUGCAGUGUCCAGAGGAAUACUGGUCUAAUGCUGAGAAAAAUAAAUGUAUGUUAAAGGCUGUAGAGUUUCUGUCUUUCACAGAAGUUAUGGGUAUUGUGCUGGUUUUUUUCUCACUGUUUGGAGUAGGAUUAACUGCGAUGGUGGCCAUCCUAUUUUACAACAAGAAGGACACCCCCAUAGUUAAAGCCAACAACUCAGAGCUGAGCUUCCUGCUUCUCUUCUCAUUGACUCUGUGUUUUCUCUGUUCACUUACUUUCAUUGGUCGUCCCACUGAGUGGUCCUGUAUGUUGCGUCACACAGCAUUUGGGAUCACUUUUGUCCUCUGUAUCUCCUGUGUUCUUGGGAAAACAAUAGUGGUGUUAAUGGCCUUCAAGGCUACACUACCAGGAAGUAAUGUCAUGAAAUGUUUUGGACCUCUUCAACAGCGACUCAGUGUUGUUUCCUUUACACUAAUACAGGUUCUUAUCUGUGUGUUUUGGCUUACAAUAUCCCCUCCAUUUCCCUAUAAAAAUUUGAAAUACUAUAAUGAAAAGAUCAUUCUUGAGUGCAGUCUAGGUUCUACUAUAGGUUUCUCUGCUGUACUGGGUUAUAUUGGCCUACUGGCUGUCUUGUGCUUCAUUUUAGCUUUUCUGGCUCGCACACUGCCUGAUAACUUCAAUGAAGCCAAAUUCAUCACAUUCAGUAUGCUCAUAUUUUGUGCUGUAUGGAUCACAUUUAUUCCAGCUUAUAUCAGUUCUCCUGGAAAAUUUACUGUAGCUGUGGAGAUUUUUGCCAUUUUAGCCUCAAGCUUUGGGUUAUUACUUUGUAUAUUUGCACCAAAAUUUUAUAUCAUCUUGCUUAAGCCUGAACAAAAUACAAAGCAACAUGUGAUGGGGAAGAUUUAAUCCAUGUCCUAUUAAGAAAUAAACUACAUUAACAAUAAUAAAAAUUAUACAACUAGACAGAGUGGAUAAUCUGACAGUGACAUCACGGUUGUUGUUUUUUUAAUUUAUUUUUUUAUGGCUCUUGUGAAGGGCUGAAAUAAAGAACUUAGUGGCCUGCUACACUUUUGGCUGUCCCUGUAUUUGUUUCCUUACUUUUUUGUCCUUUGUUUGCAAUCAGGUUGUGGGGGACAUACUAAAGUGACAGAAAGAAAAAAGCCUGAAGACUGUAACAGGUUGCAACCUGAAAAACAAGCUGACGC